GCUGUUCCCUACUAAGCUACUGGGUUAGGCUGUCUUUCUUUUCUUGCUGCCGGUUGCAUCAGCUGGGUGAUCGCCGCUGUGUGUAUCUGGGAUGUCGGAGAGUGUGUCGGCGCAGAUGGAGGACAUGAACUUGAGCAAGCCAAAUUCUGAGUCCAAAAAACCCAAAGAAGGAGGAAAAAAGAAGGCCAAGGACGGAAGUGGAGAUGGAGGGCGUUCUGAGCUGAAUCCCUGGCCGGAGUUUAUUGACCAGAGACUUAAAAUAUACAAUACACUGAAAGCGGAGCAUGAUGCCCUCCUGACCGAAAAGGCAGCAAAGGACAGCAAGCCCAUCAAGGUGACCUUGCCGGAUGGGAAGCAAGUGGAUGCGGAGUCUUGGAAGACCACCCCGUAUCAAAUAGCUUCUGGCAUCAGUCAAGGGCUGGCCGAUAAUACAGUUGUUGCAAAGGUGAAUAACGUUGUUUGGGACCUUGAUCGCCCGUUGGAAGAGGACUGCAAAGUGGAGCUGCUGAAAUUUGAUGAUGAAGAAGCCCAAGCGGUGUUCUGGCACUCCAGUGCCCACAUUAUGGGUGAAGCUAUGGAACGGGUGUAUGGCGGAUGCUUGUGCUACGGCCCUCCUAUUGAGAAUGGGUUUUAUUAUGACAUGCAUCUUGAAGACGGGGGGGUGUCCAGCAAUGACUUCUCCAGCCUGGAAAAUCUGUGUAAGAAGAUUGUGAAAGAGAAGCAGCAGUUUGAGAGGUUGGAAGUCUCCAAAGAAACUCUGCUGGAAAUGUUUAAGUAUAACAAGUUCAAGUGCAGAAUCUUAAAUGAAAAAGUCGACACUCCAACCACUACAGUGUACAGAUGUGGCCCCUUAAUUGACCUCUGCAGAGGACCCCAUGUGAGACACACAGGGAAGAUUAAAGCCUUCAAGAUUCACAAAAACUCCUCAACUUACUGGGAAGGGAAGGCCGACAUGGAAACCCUGCAGAGGAUCUAUGGAAUUUCUUUUCCGGAUUCAAAAAUGCUGAAGGAGUGGGAGAAAUUCCAGGAGGAGGCCAAGAAUCGGGACCACAGGAAGAUUGGGAAAGAGCAGGAGCUAUUUUUCUUUCAUGAGCUGAGCCCAGGGAGCUGCUUCUUCUUACCCAAAGGGGCCUUCCUCUAUAACCAGCUAAUUAACUUCAUCAGGCAAGAGUACAGGAAGCGCGGGUUCCAGGAGGUGGUCACCCCCAACGUUUACAACAGCAAGCUAUGGCAGACAUCCGGCCACUGGCAGCACUACAGUGAGAACAUGUUCUCUUUUGAAGUGGAGAAGGAGAUAUUUGCUCUGAAACCUAUGAACUGCCCGGGACACUGUUUGAUGUUUGAUCACCGGCCGCGCUCUUGGAGGGAGCUGCCUCUGCGCAUGGCUGACUUCGGAGUCCUUCACCGCAACGAGCUGUCUGGCGCGCUUACGGGACUGACACGAGUCAGGCGAUUCCAACAGGACGAUGCCCAUAUAUUCUGCACCAUGGAUCAGAUUGAAGAUGAGAUAAUGAACUGCCUUGACUUCCUGCGUUCCGUUUAUAACGUCUUUGGUUUUACCUUCAAACUAAACCUUUCCACGCGGCCGGAGAAGUUCCUCGGGGAUGUGGAAGUUUGGAACCAGGCGGAGAAGCAACUUGAAAACAGUCUGAAUGAGUUUGGAGAGAAAUGGGUGCUAAAUCCAGGUGACGGAGCAUUCUAUGGACCGAAGAUUGAUAUCCAGAUUAAGGACGCCAUCGGCCGGUACCACCAGUGCGCCACCAUUCAGCUGGAUUUCCAGCUCCCCAUUAGAUUUAAUCUCACCUAUGUCAGCCCAGAUGGUGAUGACAAGAAGAGGCCAGUUAUCAUUCACCGCGCCAUCCUGGGAUCUGUGGAACGGAUGAUUGCUAUAUUGACGGAAAACUAUGGCGGAAAAUGGCCUCUCUGGCUUUCUCCUCUGCAAGUGAUGGUUGUGCCCGUGGGGCCGACAUGUGACGAAUAUGCUCAACAGGUCAAGGAGCAGUUCCACCACGCUGGGUUCAUGGCUGAUGUAGAUCUGGAUCAAGGCUCCACUCUCAAUAAGAAGAUCAGGAACGCACAGCUGGCACAGUACAAUUUUAUUCUUGUGAUCGGAGAAAAGGAAAAGGCCAGUGGAACAGUGAACAUCCGCACGCGAGAUAACAAGGUGCACGGAGAGCGGACAGUGGCAGAGACAAUCGAUAGACUUCUUCAGCUAAAAGAAUCGCGAUCUAAAAACGCAGAAGAGGAAUUUUAAAAAUUUUUUUUUUUUUUUUUAAAGGAAAUGAAGUUCUAAAGAUGUCUCUGUGCAAGGAAUAAUAUUCAUUCUUUUAUACAGAUUACAAAUGAGGUAAAAUGAAUUGAGCCAAAACCAAACAAAGCCAAACCCAUUAAGUUAUCUCUAGCGCUUAUCAAAAGUCUCUCAGGAACGGUAAUAUUUUUAUUUUUGGGACUUAUGUGACUUUUUCUUGCUACAAUAUAUCAGCUUGCCAUCGGCUAUUAUUGUUAUUUUUGUAAUAGUAUACCGUUAGAUUUUUUUUUGUACCCGUCCUUUUGUCUUCUCAGUCUGGUUGCCUGGCACCUGUAUAUUAUUUUGAUUAUCUUGGAAACGAUGGUCAUCAAUGUUUUCCAGCAGUAUCUACGUUAAUGGAAACCAGUGGAAGCUCAGCGAACAAUGUUCUUUUAAUGUUACAUAAGUUAGAACAAAAUUUUCACUGGGAAUAUGUUGCGGAUCAGACUAACACCACAUACAUUGAAUAAACACAAAAAACAGAA